CCCGCUGGAAACCAGAAAUCGCAACCUGCUCCCAUCACAGCUACAGGCACUCUCAUAAUGACACAGGGCUAUACACGCUGCAGCAUCUGGAUGCACAGCACGCAUACACUGAGGCAUGCAUGGAGGCACUGGUAAUGUGACCCAGCUGGUAUACCGUGCCAUCCCAUUCCCAAACAGACACGAGAUCUCAUAUUAGAUCAGCAAGGACACCAAGCAUCGGGCAUCCUGCAGACACCCAUCUGUUCCUGCACCCAUUGCAGCUCCCAAUAGAUGAAGCCGGGCACACACAGAUGGGUAUAGAUGGAUACACGCACACACCGACACUAUCCAUGUGUAUAUAGAGCUAGGCACGUAUACCCAUAGCCUUGGCCUGUCGAUUUCCGAUCUGCGGAGAGGAUGCGCGGGUGACAACAUGGCCGCCAUAUCCCAGCUGCUGGACACUGAUAUGGAUUAUGAGCGUCCUAAUGUUGAGACGAUAAAAUGCGUGGUGGUCGGAGACAAUGCGGUUGGGAAGACUCGCCUGAUCUGCGCACGGGCGUGCAACGCCACCCUGACGCAAUACCAGCUUCUUGCCACACAUGUGCCAACCGUCUGGGCCAUAGAUCAGUACCGUGUGUGCCAAGAGGUGCUGGAGCGCUCCCGUGAUGUUGUCGAUGAUGUCAGUGUGUCACUGAGGCUCUGGGACACUUUUGGAGACCAUCAUAAAGACAGACGCUUUGCCUAUGGAAGGUCAGAUGUGGUUGUUCUCUGUUUUUCCAUUGCAAAUCCUCACUCUUUGCAACAUGUCCAAACAAUGUGGUACCCAGAGAUAAAGCACUUCUGCCCCCGAGCCCCUGUCAUUCUGGUUGGAUGCCAAUUGGACCUUCGCUAUGCUGAUCUGGAAGCAGUGAACCGCGCCCGACGCCCCCUUGCCAGGCCGAUUCGCCCCCAGGAGAUCCUUCCACCUGAAAAAGGUCGGGAAGUAGCCAAAGAACUAGGUAUUCCAUACUAUGAAACCAGUGUGGUGGCGCAAUGUGGCAUCAAGGAAGUUUUUGAUAAUGCAAUCCGUUCAGCGCUCAUAUCUCGUCGCCAUUUACAGUUUUGGAAGUCACAUUUGAGAAGUGUGCGAAAACCUCUACCCCAAGCCCCUUUUCUUCCUCCUCGGCCCCCUCCGCCUGUUAUCAUUGUGCCUGAUCCUCCUGCUCAGAGUGAAGAUCAUCCUGGACACCUUUUAGAAGAAGCAUCCUGUGCCGAUGUGGUGCUGGUGGUCCAAGAAAGGAUUCGUAUCUAUGCCCACCGCAUCUACCUCUCCACUGCUUCCUCUAAAUUCUGUGACCUUUUCCUAUUGGAGGAUGGAGAUUCACCAUCUAAAGCCAGGGAUCCCCUCCUACGUGCCUCAAGUUUUGAUGCUUGUGAGGGCUCGGGGGAAACUGAGGGAGGAGGAAUGAGAACCUCAGCCAGUGAUGGUACAUUGGGACGGGAAGGAGACAGAGAUUUGUCAGGGUGGAGCAGGGCUUUUGAAAGCAUACGAAGUGGAGUUUUGGAGGAUCCUCCUGGUUACAGGGCCCGAAGAGUAACAGUGGUAAAGAUGGACAGCUCAGUGAGGCCUGGACCAUUCAGAGCUGUGCUCAAAUACCUGUACACUGGACGACUGGAUGAAAGAGAGCCUGAGCUGAUGGAGGUGGCCCACAUUGCUGAGCUUUUGGAGGUGUUCGACUUGCGUAUGAUGGUGGCCAAUAUCUUGAAUCGAGAAGCGUUCAUGAACCAAGAGAUCACUAGAGCUUUCCAUGUCAGAAGGAGCAAUCGCAUCAAGGAAUGUCUGGCAAAAGGGAUCUUCUCUGAUGUCACUUUCGUUCUGGACAAUGGGACCAUAAGCGCCCAUAAACCGCUGCUUAUCUCCGGUUGCGACUGGAUGGCAGCCAUGUUCGGGGGGCCCUUUUUGGAAAGCAGCACAUCUGAGGUAGCUCUUCCGUACACCUCCAGGGGCAGUAUGCGAGCAGUGCUUGAGUACUUGUACACGGGGCACUUCACUGCAGGACCCGACCUUGACCCUUUGGACCUCAUCAUACUGGCAAACAGGCUCUGCCUGCCGCACCUUGUAGCACUGACCGAGAAACACACAGUGUCGGUCAUGAUGGAUGCCUCCAUGAAUAAUAAGGAUAUUGAUGGUGAAGCCCUUAUGUUACUGGAAGCUGCUCAGUUUCAUGGUGCUCAGCAGUUGGCAGCCUGGUGUUUACAUCACAUCUCUACAAAUUAUAAUCGGGUGUGCAGGAAAUUCCCCCGGGAAAUCAAGCUGGUAUCACCAGAGAAUCAGCAGACCCUGGAGGCGCAGCGCUGGCCCCCUGUCUGGUACCUGAAAGAAGAAGACCAUUUCCAGAGAGCACAGAGGGAACGUGAGAAAGAGACAGCCCUGCACCAGAAGAGACAGCCCAAGAGACGCUGGUUGUUCUGGAAUAGCUCCAGGGCCGGUUCUCCUGCGCCUUCUACAACCCCAUCCUCUGCAGUGGGCUGAGACAUGGGACUACAUGUGCGUAACCUCCCUCCGGCAGCUAUGAGUGCAUGCAAAGAUACAAAAGUGUUAGUAUGUCUUGUGUUUGUGUGAGUGAAUGUGCUCUACCGUUUUACCUGCUGUCUACUGGACUGUAUGAAAUGACAAAUCAGAUCUAGAUGUCGGCACAAUAAGCCAAUGUCUAUAGGUAAAAACCGCCUCAGCAAUGCAACCGCCGAAAAUUUUCCCAGGAACCUUUUUACCAAUGUGCAGAGAAUCCUUUGAUAUGUGGAAAUCUCCUUACGCUAUCACUGGUUGGGGUUAGGGUCACCAGUUCUAUCUUGUAUUGACAUCUGGUAUCAUUAAAGUGAUGAACAUUUGUCAUCCAGUUCAGAUGUUGGGGCACUGUUCAAUGUCCAUUCUCGGAUAUAAUGUUAUUAUGGGAGUCGUUCUCUUUAAAGGGGUGGUCAGCACCCCCUGCUAAACGGUGGAGGAAGCCAUGGUCAGCUAAGCAUUUCCUUCGCAGCAACUUCUGCAGGUGAAAUGUAGAGUACAUGGUAGCCGUUCAGAUGGACAACUCAAGCCCACCAGAAUGCAAGACACUUGUACAGUCUGGCUCUAUGUUCUGGCUCAUAGAGGGGGGUCCCAAGUGGUUGAUCUCCCCUCAAGAAUGUUCAUAUGAACUAAUCGGGUGGUAAGGAAGGGGUUGUUGUUGAAAUAUGGAACAAUUCUGACUAUAUACAGUAUAUAAAUUCUCAUACAGGCUGCUUUAUGGCAGACCAGACGUCUACAGUCCAUUGGUGACAGACAUGCUACCGUAAACAGCCACACAUACGUGAUGCGGAGGGGCAGACUGGCUAUAGACCUUACAGGGAAAUUUUGUGGUGGACCUAUACCUAGAGAGCCACCUAAGCCCUCCUGAAGCCACCAAGUACGUAACGAUCUGACAUUCUCAGCAUUAAUUAACGAUGGGAGUAUCAGGUACCCUCCUCGAUACAACUGUAUCACCAUGAUCAAGACAGUGAUACAGUUAAAAACUACAACGGGCACAGGAGCCCAUGGUUUCUGCCCCACUGUUCACCCUCACUUCACUAGAUAUGCCUAUAAAGAACAGACGACACCAGCUAGAAGAAGCCUGUGCCAUGCACUGCAGAUGGUAUUGCCCCACCUUCUGUAAAUUUGGAUGGGCCACUUUUAGGUUUUUUUCAGGACCAGUCCAUCCCUGGAGAUACACAACCAUCCAGGAACAGUUCUGUCUGUUCUCCUGAUCAUGUGGGAGUAUUCACUGUAGAAUACAUAAAUGAGAUUGACCACGUGGUAAGAGUCUACUCUCAGGAAGAAUGCUGCCUGACGUCAUUCAUAAGGUGGCCUUACACGGUGCAUUUUUGGAGCAGAGAUGACAAAUUGAGGUGUUAGUUGUGGGAAUCCUCCUACAUGGAUCACAGCAGUGCCCCAAAUCAUGGGUCAUAACACCUCAAAGAGUAAAAACACAGAAAAGCGGGUCAAAACUAAAACAUAACUACUCAAAUAGAAUGAAGUUAGCUAGAAGUCUAUAAAUGCGGCCCAUUGAGGAGAUGACACUUAUACUGUGUACCCCACCACACCAGAACAGAACCAUAAGUGCAUCUGAAAUGAUCAAAGAGAAAGGACGCAUUCACACAAACUCGGUUUGGUUCCGCAUUCAAGCCGCAUUUUUUGCAGAUCGGAUGCGGACCAAUUCGCUUCAAUGGGGCCGCAAAAGAUGCGGACAGCACUGUGUGUGCUGUCUGCAUCCGUUGCUCCGUUUCAUGGCCCCGCAAAAAUUAUAGAUCAUGUCCUAUUCUUGUCCGUUUGGCAGACAUGAAUAGGAAUUUCUAUAAUGGGCCUCCCGUUCCAUUAAUUGCGUCUGUGUUUGUGUGCAUGAGCCCUAAAAGUAAUGUUCACAAAGUUCAAUUGUGUCCAGAGGAGUCAUAGGUCGGGAUGGUACCAUUCUUGUGUACCCAAGAAGGCUUCACCCUACUCCAUACGGCAUGUCAUAUACCUUGUGCGAUGCCCUGAUACUGAUGGAUAAACUAUUAAAGGGGUUGUCCCACAAAUAAUUUUCAAACCAGCUCCUGGUACUUUAGGCCAAUGGUGGCGAACCUAUGGCACACAUGCCAGAGUGGUCACUCAAAGCCCUCUGUGGGGACGCGGCUCUGUCGUGCGUAGGGUUGCCAUCUGUGCACUAUCACUACUUUGUGCUUCCAUUGUGGAGGGCUCAUUAGUGCAGCCUUUUGGCCCCCCUCUUCUGCUCGCACCACGGGGAACACUCUGCUCACUUGAUGCGCAGGACAGGACUUGCACUCCAUCGUGAUGACGUUUCGCAGCAUUGACUGGAAGCAGCAAGACCUGCAAAGCGUCAUCACUCUGGAGUGCAGGUCUUGUCCUGUGCAUGUAAUGAGCAGCGAGUGUUCAGAGCGGGGCGAUCAAGAUUUUAAUACUAGGGGGCAUUCAUUUUACUGGGGCUCGUGUUAACCCACGCCCCCACUGCUUAACGUGGCCGGUAUUCUUUUUAGCAUUUAUGUUAAAUUGCUUUGUUGGCACUUUGAGAUAAAUUAGUGGGUUUUGGGUUGCUGUUCGGGCACUCGGCCUCUAAAAGGUUCGCCAUCACUGCUUUAGGGUAUCCAUUAGGGUUAUGCCUUGGAAAGGGUGGCCUUUUAAUUCAGUGGGGUCUUCAUAGGAUGAACUUGGGGGAGUUUUCCCAUCCCUACCUACCAGUCCUCCACUGGGCUGUCUGUAUAGGGGCUGUCUGUAUAAGUUAACUUUUGGUUUUGACACCCUUUGCUGUGUAGUCCUGAUCUAUGCCUUAAUAGUACCAAAGUGAACUGUCAUUCUAUUAAAGGGGUUUUCCGGAUUUUUACAUUAGAUAGGCCAUCACUAUCUGAUCUGCACUCCCUCCGAUCAGUGGUGCCAGAGCUACACAGCUCCAUCAGUUGUGUUGUGGACGGAGCGAGGUACUGCAGUGCUGCUCCCGUUCACAUGCAUAGGAGCAAUGCUGCAGUAACCAGCUCUGUCCACUACAAAACGGAUGGAGCUGUGUAGCUCUGGCGCCAGAGCUACUGUAUAAGGUAACAGCUGAUCGGCGGGGUGUUAGGAGGAUACGCCAUCAAUAUUAAAUCCCCAAAACCCCUUUAAGGUCAGUAUAGCGCCAUGGCUUCCAUUUACAAAAAAGCUGCGUUCGAUCCAUUUUGAAAUAGACAGACCCCUUUGACCUUAAUGGGGAUUAUGUGGAGUUCCAGUGUUUUAAUGGUGCUGCAGACUGAGCUAUUCUUAAUCUCAAACAUACAGGAACCCUGACAGACCCAACUAAAGUUAGUGUGAACAGUGCCUUACACACUACGAUUUUUCAUACCAGUGAUCAACAGUCGAUGGCUCGAAAAACCUAGCAGAGGAUCCAAUGGAGGUAUGAAUGAGCCCAAUUACCCCUCUAUAGCUAUAAUGAGAACCAUGGUCAAAGUAGUACAUGUAGUAUUAGGUUAUGGUAGUGUCUAACUGGAGCUUUCUUUUACCGACCAGUCCGUCACAUACAGUAGGAGACUAUUAGUUCCCAUUUUAAUUAUACUCCAUGCUUUAGUGAGAUAUUUCACUCCUGGUAUAUUCACUACGGAUGCCAGAUUGGGAUUUUAGUGGGGUGCAGCAUGUUCCUCAUCCUGACUGUGGACAUAAAUUGCUCAUAUAUAUCUUGCGUACCUAACCUCUGAGACAUACAGGGUGUUGUGCACUCCCCUCAUAGGUGCAUAGCAGUGUAAAUAUGUAUAUAUGGAUAUGUGUGUGAAUCACAGAAGCGUAUACGUGGUGGCUGCAUACUGACAGGCUACAUACUGACAGGCUACAUACUGACAGGCUGCAUACUGACAGGCUGCAUACUGACAGGCUGCAUACUGACAGGCUGCAUGGCCCAAUGGCCCAAUAUCACACUGUACAGUAUCAUCUUCUCACAACAGAUUGAAAGAUAUAUCAUAAAGAUGAUUUAUUACAUUUAGAGGGUACUGGGGGGAGUCGUCUUAUAACUCGGACGCCCCCUUUAAGCCCGCUAUAAGCAUAAGGUGGCUUGGUCAGCUAUCAGCCACCUCCUCUGACUUCACCAUGGACAGGACGGACCAAACGUGCACAUUUUCUGGCAUAGAGAGAGGGGGAAAGCUCCCACCAGGUACAUAUGCCGCCACAUAUCGCCUGGAGAAAGAAAGGACUGAGCAUGUUAAAAUCCAACAUGCCUGAUCCUUGUUUCUUCUGUCAGUAGACAUCAGAGAGCAGUUGAAGAGGAACCCUCACCUCUACUGACAUAUAUUUUCUUUUUUAGUAACUACUUGCAUCUCCACUGUAAUAAUAAUUAUGGAAUAUUUUUUUUAGAACUCUGUCUUGUGCCUUUCUUCUAUUAUUACUACUAGAAGUUUAGGUAUUAAUUGCCAGCAGUCUGCACUAAAGGUCUAUGGGUGUUACCAAUUGGAGGUGUGUCCUUGCCCGGUCUGACAAUGGCAGCACUGAUUGGAUAAUGUCACACUGUGCAGGGACCCCCCCCCAGAUGGUAAUACCCAGUUGGUAAUUUAUUCAUAAACUUCUAGUAUAAUUAUAGAGGAAUGGCAGAACAUAGAGUCGUAAAGAAUAGAUGUUCCAGAAUUAUUUACAUGGGUGAUGCGAGUAGCCACUAAAAUAGACAUGUCAAGAGAGGUGACAGUUCCUCUUUAAAGAGGUAUUCUGGUUUUAAUGGUUACAUUUUAUUUAUUUAGAGAAUAGGAUGUUGAACAAUUUUGUAAUAUAUUUUUGCUCACAGACUUUUAUUAUAUCAACAUCACGGCCUCCCCCUAAAGAAAAAAAUAUGGUACGGCCUAUUCUAGUCCUGAAAAAUGUUUCCAUAGGAAAGCUGGAUAGGACUAAACAUGGCGUCAGUCAUGUGACCCCCCACCAGUAUCAUGUGACCCCCACCAGUAUCAUGUGACCUGGCUUUCAGUUAAUUGUUCAGGUAUAUAACAGGUGAAUAGUAGUAUAUUAGAGAGCAGAACAUAUACAGUAUCACUACCUGCAGCAGCAUCUCAUGACUUUCAGAGUCUAUAUAGAAGCAGAUCUGUGUAUGUUUUUUUACACAAAUUUAUUAAAAUGCCAACAUCACCUAGAGACAGGCAGCCACUUUACAACAUCACCUAGAGACAGGCAGCCAUGGGGAGGGGGUGGUGACUGAGAGAACUGGGCUAUAUUCAUUGGGGCUUGGUCUGCAGAUCUUUUGAGACCCUAGCAACGCCCCUGCACUGUUGCUUACUUCAUGUGAAUGGGGUGUCACAUGACUGAUGCUAUGUUUCAGUUAGGCCAUGGAUACAUUACACUGGAUUGAUACAUGGGUCUUACCAUUCUACUAUAUAUAGGGGUGAAGUGCCUGAUAUAAGAAAGUUAAUUGUCUGAUUUCCCUAUUAUAUAAACAUAUAAAUAAAUAAAAACUGGAAUACCCCUUUAAGUGAUCCAUACAACAUUAGAGUGUUGUCAUGGGGAUAUAUGAGAAGAGGAGCUAUCAGAUAACUGUGUACUGUACAUGGUCCUUUUUUAUUACAUUUGUAGCAUAGACCAUGACUGUAUUCAGUUGUGUAGACAGAUUGAAGUUAUCGGUCAAGCACUAUCGGUAUGUAUCAAUGGACAUUGUGGAUGUGUAUACAUUGACCAGUGUGCACGAUUGUGUAGGUACUACAGAUUAUAUACCUCCCCUUGGGUCUAUGGCUGCUAUUUCCCGAGGGGGGGCUUCUAUAAAAAGCCCCCUGUAUAAUUUUACCUGAAUGGACUGAUUAUUAUGUUUACUGACAAUUCAUGUUUCCUGUUUUAUAAUAAAAAGGUCAAACUCU